UUAUAUUCAGAUAUACGCAUCGGAGAGCUCAGAUAUCGAGGAUAUUGGGCAUGACAAAUAUCCUGGAACAGCCAGUGAUUGAACCAUGAACCUUCCGAUUGGUAUAUUUCUUGGUCUACCAACAUCUACAGCUACCACCAUUUUGGGCUCUAUAUCUACAAACGAUGGUGUUUACAUGCUGUGGUAUUCAACACAAGAUGAUCAAACCACAGCAGCUUUGGCUGAGCUGUCAGUCAGGAGCGGUACGUUCCUCUGUGGACUGCAGGGGCUGAUGGGAGCUUUGAAGAACUGCUGCAUAUCAGCGGAGGGGGAAGACCCGUCUGAUCUCACAGCUCGUCCUUGUUUGGCCUCAGCUGCAUCAGAGCGCCACUUCUCCCCAGGUUCACCAGAGGAAACACCACUGCACAAAAUGCUUUUCCUCCCAGCUGCUGCUCUGUGCUGUCUGUGUUCAGCACUGGUUACCAUGGCAGCACAGCUGAUUCAGGAGGAUUUAACAUUGACCAGGAGAGUUGGACAAAGUGUCUCCUUCAGCUGUGGAGAUGAUGAAUGUGACUAUACUGGUUUGAUCUGGUACCAGAAGAAAGACACUGAACCAUUUAGGCUAGUUCUUGUCGUGGAUACUGAUGAUGGUAGAGUUGAGUCAAGUUCUAAUCAUUCCCAGAAAGAUGAUUUUUCAGUUGAGAUUAAACAGAACAGAUACCAGUUGAAGAUAGAGAAAGUUAAACUUGAGCAUUCGGCCACUUAUUACUGUGCCUGUUGGAAGGACGCACCCCACAGCUAUGAUUACGACAUCUUCGGCUCUGGAACUACACUGUAUGUAACAGAUGAGCAGGUAGUGAAGCCCGUGGUGAGCGUGUACCCAGCAGCAUCCAGAGCCCACCUGGAGGGGAACAGCUCCCUGCUGUGUGUGGCCUCAGCCAUGUUUCCUCCUCUGGUCCAGUUCUCCUGGAAAAGACAGAAGAAGAACGGCGGAGAAGCGGAGGAGCUGCCCCCUGCUGAGGGAGAGCAGCUGGAGCUCAGAGAGGCGGGACACAGCGCCUCCAUUUUAGUGGUUAAUCGGGAUGAUCCCUUCACAUACAUGUACAGCUGUCAUGUGAGACAUCAGGGAGGCACAGUGGAGGCCCAAACACGACAUGAGCUCCUCUCUUAUGUUCUCCAGUCUCAGUGCAGGGUGAAGCUGCUCUGCCUGCUGUACACAGUGCUGAUAGUGAAGAGUCUGGUGUACUGCUGUGGACUCUCUCUGCUGAUGAUGCUCACAAACAAGGGAGCGUCCACCAACUGCACACAUGCUGACUGCUUUCUGAUUGGCAUCUUUCACACUCAGAUUUCCCCACAUGAGCAGGCAGACAUAUAAAUUAAGUUGUGGCUGGUAAAAUCCAUCCAUCUUCUUCCUCCUGUUCGGGGCCGAGUCGCAGGGGCAGCAGCUUAAGCAGAGAAGCCCAGACCUCCCUCUCUCCAGUCACCUCCUCCAGCUUGUCCGGAGGAACACCAAGGCGUUCCCAGGCCAGCCGAAAGAGAUAAUCUCUCCAACGUAUCCUGGGUCUGCCCCGGGACCACCUCCCGCUGGGACAUGCCUGGUGGUUUGGAGAAAUGUUUAUCAUUUAUACCCUUCUCAAAUAUAACCACCUGAAAGUAUAAAAUAGAUAUGCAAAUAUUAAAACAGUCGUUGUUUUAAAGUGUAAAUCUUUCAUAUGGAGUCUUCUUUCUUUUGUAUAAGGUUUAGUUUUUUUUCUCCGUCAGGUAUGCAAACUAUCAAAACCCUGCACAAAGACGGGGAACAUACGUGUGCUAUGAUCAUUAUAGUAAAGAGCUGCUUGGUUUUUUUUAAGGAAUGUACAUUUUUCUUCUUGACUGAUAACACAAGAGGAAAGUUUUUUUUCUUUACAUGACAUUUGUUGCACUUUGUAUAACAAGAAGGUGGCUUGUUCCCUUUUCCACCAAUCCAAAUGCAAAGAUAUAUUCUUUCUCAGUUCUGGGUCCUUGUAUAGUGAAUAUGUGAGAUUUAUUCUUACAAUCACAAACUUGUUCUGUACAGAUUCAGCACAGGUUUAAAACAUCUAGCGCUUGGAGAAAAUAAUGACGUUUUCAGUGAGCAGAGCAGUCCAGCACAUCUGUGUUUGAACCAGUUAUUCAGUUUCGGGUUUCAAACAUUCAAAAUCUUUUCCUCUUUAAACGUUACAGAAAAAGUAAUGGUGCCUCUUGGCUUCACUCCAGGAUCAUGCAGCUGUGCCAUUCAUGUGGGUUGAUGCUUGCAACCUACCGUAACAGUGUAGUUGUUUCAUGUAAAAAUAAAGACUUGAUUCUGAUGAACGUGUUUCUCGUUUCAGUCUUUGAUGCAUAACGACGUAUAUGAAUGUAGCAUUCACAUAUCAAACUUGCUCUCCUGCAGCAGACGGGCUGUGUGGGUUUCUGCUCUGCAGCCUCCACACCGUUAGCUGUGGCUUUCACUUUAAUAACACAAUGACAGUUACAAGCAUGAACUCUGCUUCAAGAAUGAUUCCAGGAAGGAUCUGUGUUCUUCACCUGUGAGAGAAACAGCUCAAAUCCUCAACUCACAGCUGACAAAUGAACUUAUUUGAACUUUAUCAUUAUACAUGUGUAAAUCCAGGGUGAUGAAAUGCACUUUUAAUUUGGUUUCAUCACAAAAGAAAAAUACAAAAUGUCUAAAUAUUAUGUCACAGAAUCAUUGUUGGACGUUUAACUGAAGAAGUGGAUAAAGACAAUGACACUUGUAAAAACAGUCACAGAAGCCAACAGUUAGUAGUACAUUGUGUCUUUGAUCUGGUUAAUUAUUCAGACUUUUCAUUAAUUUAAAAAUUAAAUAGUAACUGAAAAAAUAAAGUCUGUUGUAGUUGGGCAUCAGUAUUAAAUGCAACUCUGAACAUAUAAUCAGUUAUCACAUUUCUGCGCCUGACUCUGCUAAUUGUAAAAAUUAUCAAAUUAUUUAGUCUGACCCUGGUGACAUAAUAGAUUAUAGCGCAUGUGAAACGUGCAAGAAUAUUAAUAUUUUGAGCAUCAUUUUUAGUUUAUUUAACCUUUAUUUAUACAUUUAGUCCCAUUGAGACUCAU